CGGGAAUCUGUCUACCUCGACGUGCAAAAUCUGCUGACUUUAAGAAAAAGUUGUAUUGUUUUACUGGAAGGAGGCAACACUGAAGGCGUUAAAAAAUUCUGUAGCAAUAUGUAUUCACUGGCGAAUCCUGCCAUUUACUUUUGAAUAAUCCGCAUUUCAGGAAAUACUCUCAUUUUUCAUAAUCUUCGUAGGGGAAAUCUUUAUAUAAUUACAUUUAAUUAUAAGGAAAUUUGCAAUUAAAGAUACAAUUUAGAGCACUGAGGCAUGGAAAAAGUAUUGAAGGAAAAUUUAAAAACUCAAAGCGAAUUAGUAAUAAGUUUUAAGGAUGUGUGUGGGUCAACAAGUGGGAAAGAACUUUUAACUACUACGAUUCACGGGGCUGCGCCCUUAAAGAAUAAAGAUACUCACAGCUACUCAAAAGGUUUCGAAGCAAUUACCGAAAAACCUAAAAAAAUGAAAGAUAUUCAGCAACCUAAACAAGGUUCGAAAGGAAGAGUACAGCUUGUUAAUCCUUUUAAAGCAGCCUUAAAGCAUAGCCAUCAAGCUGUAUCUUUAGGAACUAAAAACUUACUUUUAACAAAAAAUUAUAAAUCCCUUACAGAAGGAAAUUCGGUAGCACCUACUUUGAAGUCCGAAGGUCCUUUGCCCACGCUCCCACCUCAGAAUUUAACAGAAAAAGAAGUUGCUAUUGAACUACAAGAAGCUAGGCUAAUUCAGAUGCUCUAUUGUGAAAAUCACGCUUCGCUUUGCUUCCUAAAGCAGAAGCGUGCCGCUAAAACGCAAAUAUCGGCGAUAUGGCAGCUGAACGAGAAGUUAAAAAGAGACAACGCCAAGUUGAGGCAAAGUAUAAGGAAAGCUCACCAUCUUAUGACAUCGUACACUCUUGUUGAGAAUUUUGUCAAUAAUAUUACUGCGUGCACAACCAACUUAGAAGUUUUUAAUAAGAACUUUAACAAAUUUUUGAUCGCGCUGAAAACCACGUUGUACCGCAUUCAAACUCUAGAAACUACCCAAGAUAAUUUACAUAGCCUACCAAAGACUUUGGCACUCGCUGAAAAUGCUAUGCGAAAUUAUCAAAAAGACAUGAACAGUACUAGUAACGCUGUAAAGGAGGUGGCGGCAAGUUAUCGACAGUUGGAAGAACGGAUUAAGCAGCAGCACGAGGGGUGCAGCUCGGCAGACUCUCUUCUGGGGGCCAUCGCUAGUCUUGAGAUAGCUCAUAAAAGCACGAAAGCACAAUAUAUGCUAAAUACUUGUGCUGCACCGAGAGACGAAUAG